AUGGAGAUGGAAGAAGCUCACAUGGAGAAGAAGACGUUCGCCUUCAGCAUCGACAGCAUCCUGAGCAGGACAUUUGAGAAAAGAGACGAGAGCAAAGUGAACACAGAUUCCGACUCACAACAUUCUUCGAAGGAUGGUCCGGAUCUGGAGUCAGGAGCGACUACAAAUCCCAUGGAGCCUCUUCAUCAUGUCUGUGUAUGCUGUUGUUACUGCUCCCACUGUGGAGAGAUGCUCCAGGCUGAUUACCUGCCUCCUAUGUCUUGUCAGUUUGCAUGGAGCAAGAAAGCACUGACUGAGACAAGCCUGACAGGAGAAAGUCAGAGGAGAGAGAGCUUCGGUCAGAUCCAGAAGCGGAUCCGGCGUCACCGCACCAUCUUCACCGAGGAGCAGCUAGACGCUCUGGAGGAGCUGUUUGUGCAGAACCAGUAUCCAGACAUACACACUCGUGAGCAGUUAGCCGAGAAGACUCACCUGAGAGAGGAGAGGGUCGAGGUGUGGUUCAAGAAUCGUCGAGCCAAGUGGCGAAGACAGAAGAGACUACAGUUCAGUCUCCAUGGGCAAGAUGAGUGGAAAAAUGUCCUCCAUGGUGAUUGA